AUGGUUCUAAUUCCUAAGAUCACUAACGCCUCAUCUACAGCGGAUUUUAGGCCAAUCUCUUGCCUAAAUACAGUUUAUAAAGUGAUAUCUAAGCUGUUAGCUACGCGUCUCAAGUCGAUCCUGCCUCAGAUCAUUUCACAGGCUCAAUCAGCUUUCAUGCCAGGCAGACUACUGGCUGAGAACGUAAUGCUUGCUACUGAUCUGGUGCAAGGGUACAACAGAGCAAAUACCACCCCUAGAGCAAUGCUAAAGGUUGAUCUUAGGAAGGCCUUUGAUACACUAAGAUGGGAUUUCAUCAUAGGGACCCUCAAGGCGCUCUCAAUUCCUAAUAAGUUCAUCAGAUGGGUUCACCAAUGCAUUUCUUCAGCCUCCUUCACAAUCUCGGUUAAUGGCAGCAGCAGUGGGGUUUUCGAGAGCACUAACGGUAUACGGCAAGGAGAUCCCAUUUCUCCUUACAUCUUUGUCCUUGCUAUGGAGGCUUUUUCCAGACUUCUACUUUCUCGAUUUGAGAGUGGACAAAUUGGGUAUCACCCGAUGACAUCUGAAGUUAAACUGACACACCUCAUGUUUGCGGACGACGUAAUGGUCUUCUUCGAUGGAAGUCCAAACUCCCUCCAUGAAAUAUCUGACUGCCUUGACGAUUUUGGUACCUGGUCUGGGUUGAGGUUAAACAGGAAUAAGACAGAGGUCUUCACAUCUGGUUUGAGCGACUAUGAAACUCUUGCUAUUGCCCAGUACGGUUUCAACUCAGGCUCUCUUCCAAUCAGGUACUUGGGACUUCCUCUCAUGAGCCGUAAACUACGAAUUUCAGAAUAUGAUCCCCUGAUGCACAAGCUCAUCUCUAAGUUCCGUAGCUGGGCAAUAAAGACACUAACAUUUGCUGGAAGACUUCUGCUACUGAGCACAGUGAUUGCCGGAACAGUUAAUUUUUGGAUAUCGACAUUCAGGUUGCCCAAAGGGUGCAUCCGGAAAAUUGACUCGUUAUGCUGCAGGUUUUUAUGGUCUGGUAAUAUUGAUGAACAAAAAUCGGCAAAAAUUGCUUGGACAACGUGCUGCUUACCUAAAGAGGAAGGUGGCUUGGGGUUAAGGAACUUCUCGGUUUGGAACAGAGUGUUGCUACUUCGUUUCAUCUGGUUAUUAUUCUCGGGAAGUAACUCUCUUUGGGUAAUUUGGCAGCAUCAUUAUCGCUUGGCAACCAAGUCAUUUUGGGCCAUUGAAGAGUCUACAAAUGAUUCAUGGACAUGGAAACAGCUACUGAAGCUCAGGUGUGAAGCCUUAAACUUCUGUAAAGGCGUACUAAAUUCCGGGCGAAGUCUGAGUUUCUGGUACGAUGUAUGGACACCUAUGGGGCAGUUAUUGAAGUAUAUAGGCCCUUCUGGACCUCGUGACCUGCGGAUUCCCCUUACAGCAACUGUCUCCGAAGCUUGCAACUCAACUUCCUGGCUUCUUGCGCAACCCCGCAGCCAAGCGGCCCUGGACUUUCAUAUUCAUCUUACCACAAUUACUCUGCCUCUCUCUGAAGCUCCUGACAAGUACGAAUGGAGAGUCCAAGGAGUCCAGGAAUCGGUCUACUCUUCAGCAGCUACAUGGCAAAGCCUGCGACCAAAAUCAGAGAGGAAACCUUGGGUUGAUUGUGUAUGGUUCAAGGGUUCUGUGCCUAAGAUUGCAUUUAAUAUGUGGAUUGCUAAUGCUGACAGGUUGCCAACUAGAGCAAGGCUCUCAUCGUGGGGACUACAAAUUCCUACAUCGUGUUGUCUUUGCUCAGGUUCCACAGAAACAAGAGAUCACUUGUUGUUGACUUGUCCAUUUAGUUGGGAGGUCUGGCAACAUGUUAUAUUUAGGCUCAACCCACCAACUCUUCCCUUCCGUGACUGGAAUGAAAUGCUAUCUUGGAUCAGAUCUCCAGCCGUCUCAAGCCCUAUCAUUCUCCGAAAGCUAGCUGCCCAGUCAACCGUCUAUCACCUGUGGAAGCAGAGAAACAAUGUGUAUCAUAACAACAACAUCAUUGGACCAGUGGUGAUUGCUAGGAUGAUAUAUCGAGAAGUCAAGAACACUAUCAUGGCAAGAAGGGAUAGAAAGAAAUUUCAAAACCUCUUGUCAAGUUGGAUUAUAUAA